CCUAGUUUUUUUUGGCUGCAAUUAUACGCACUUACCCCACCCCCCGCUCCUCCAACGGUCCAAUCUAAAUCCAUUUUCUUCCCCAAAUACCCAUCUAAAUCUAACCCCUUUAUUUCUAUUUUCCUCUCUCUACUAUACACACACAAAAACCCACUUUCUUUUCUUGAUUUCUCCUCUGAAAAAUUCACCAUUCUGUGUCUUCAAAAACCCUUUUUAUAAAUUUAUAUACAUGCCCUUAUGGACCCAUCCAUAGAUCUACCAACCACCACUGAACCACCAUCGUUUAACCCAGCUCAACUAGUUAACCAUGGCCCCCCUACCCCCACCCCACCCCCAACUCAACCCCUACCCCAACCCCCUCCUCCCACCCACCCCACCCCUUCUUUCUCGACUACCCACCCGGAUUAUGCUGAGAUGAUAACAACAGCGAUAACGGCGUUAAAGGAGAAAGAAGGGUCAAGCAGGAUAGCUAUAUCGAAGUAUAUAGACAGAGUUUACACAAAUCUACCACCGAAUCACUCAGCUUUGUUGACUCACCAUCUUAAGCGUUUGAAGAACUCUGGUUAUCUUGCUAUGGUUAAACACUCUUACAUGCUUGCUGUACCUGGAUCUGCUCCACCACCACCACCAUCUACUAACGCCGUUGAUUCUAACGGAAGUGACGUGUCUGCUCUUACUAAAAGAAAACCAGGUCGUCCACCUAAGCUGAAACCCGAGGCCCAACAACAACCUCAAGCCCAGUUUCAAGACCAAUUUCAAGCUCAACUUCAGGCCCAGUUGCAAGCCCAACAACAACAAGCCCAGUUUCAAGUCCAACCUCAAUUCCAAACCCAACCUCAAUUCAUCCAACAACCACCACAGUACGUACAACAACCGCAGUACCAGGCUCAUAUCCAGUUCCAACAUGACCCGUUACUCCAAAAUCAGCUCCAGUUUCAACCCCAACAAAACCCACAAGCAUAUCCUGCUCCUGAAGCCCAAAAUUAUGCGAAUAUCGGGGCUGAGUCUGUGUUCGUUUCUCUUGGGCUAGCUGAUGGGCCUGUUGGUGUUCAAAAUCCAGGUGGUUCUGUUCCUCCAGGUGCUGGAUCUGUAGCAGCUCCGGCACCUGAAGGGAGCACGCCGAAGAAACGACCUGGUCGUCCUCGUAAAGAUGGUUCCACCGUAGUCAAACCUACGGUGAAACCAAAAUUACCUGACCCGAGUGGUGGUACCAAAAGGCGACCUGGUCGUCCUCCUAAGAGUGGUGGGGUUAAUGCUUCACCUGGAUCAGGUUCCGGUGCGAAACCUAGAGGACGACCAAGGAAAGGUUCUACUCCUGGUCGACGAGGCCGACCAAGGAAGAAUCCAGCCGUUGCUACCAACAUGCCUGCUGGUGCUCCAAAUGUGGCUAAUGUUCCUGCUGGUAGUGACCCGAGUGGAGCAAUACCUACCCCUAAACGACGUGGAAGGCCACCAAGGGCUAGUAAUCAAGGUGGAGCUGCUGCUGCUGUUGGUGUAACUGAUGUGCCUAUCGCUGCUGCUUUUGAUUCUGACGAGUUUAAUAAUACUGUUGGUGGUGUUACUAAUGGGGCUAUGCAGCCCCUUGGAAAGCGACGUGGACGGCCUCCGAAGUCUUACAGCAGUCCAGCAGCCGUUGCUACUACGGUUAAGAGACAAAGGAAGCUUUCGGGAAAACCGCUGGGUCGACCUAGAAAGAAUGUGACAUCCCCUGCAGUUUCGGACCCCAAGUUGGUGGUGGCUUAUGAAGAACUAAAGAGCAAACUUGAACACAUGCAAUCAAGAAUCAGGGAAGCAGCAAAUGCGCUGAAGCCAUGCUUAAAUGCUGAAACACCAGCAACUGCUCUCGCAGCAAUGCAAGAGUUAGAAGAUUUAGCAGCACCAGCAGGGGUAAUUCCUAUGCAACAAAAUUGAUAAGGGAAAAAAAAGAUGCUGCAGAGAUGGAGUUAGUGCUUAAACUCAGAGUGUGACAUUAAUCAAGGCUGGAAACUGUGAAAAUCAAGGAAGUUUCAGUGCAGAGCUAGUUGUUGGUGACGGGAGGAAGAUGCGCUUAGACUUGUAUUUGUCACUGUCAAUUUAUUAGGUUAAUCAGGAUUUGAUAUUCCGUUGCACAGUAUGCAGUAUGUUGUAGUUCUAACUGUAUUUGUAGUUGAUUUCGUCAUUUGAGAAGUACCUUAUCUGCUAAUUUUGUUAAUGACAAUUAAGGGAGACAAUCGUGUUCUUUGGGGUAUGCAUGCUCUCGAGUAUGUUGGAUGGAUGGAAAUUGCCUUUGCCAGGUUUAUAAUGCCUCUCUUUGGGAUCUGUAUGGCUCAUCAAUUGUUGUGUUUUGGAAUGUUACAAAUGCAUUUGAGCUUA